GCACGAUGUAUUUUUAUGUUCUAAUAAUAUGUAAAUUAUUCUUUCUCGUUAAUUUACGAAUCUAUUUAAUUAACGCGACACUCGUCUUUCGUUUAAAUUAUGUUGGUAAGCGUGAACGAGAGAACAACAUUGUCAGCGUCGCCGACAGGUUAGGAGUGACGACAAGUUUUGACGAGACAGAUCUCAAUUAAUGAGGAUGUCGAAACCCAUAGUGUUCGUAACGGGCAACGCGAAGAAGCUGGAGGAGUUUACCGCCAUUCUAGGAAAAAACUUUCCUCGACAAAUAACGAGCAGGAAGAUCGAUCUGCCUGAAUAUCAGGGCGAGAUAGACGAUAUAUGUCGAGAUAAAUGUCGAGCCGCAGUAAACCUGAUAAAUGGUCCGGUGAUCAUCGAGGACACGUGUCUUUGUUUCAACGCAUUGAAAGGACUUCCGGGACCCUACAUCAAAUGGUUCCUCGAAAAACUCGGUCCGGAAGGUCUCCAUAAAAUGCUCGACGGAUGGGAAGAUAAAUCGGCAGAGGCAGUUUGCACAUUUGCUUAUUGUUCCGGCGAGGCUGGUGCUGAAGUUUUUCUGUUUCAAGGUCGAACACAAGGCUCCAUCGUCAGUCCACGUGGUCCUCGGGAUUUCGGCUGGGAUCCCUGUUUUCAGCCGCAGGAUCAUCAUAUGACGUAUGCAGAAUUGCCGAAGGAAAUCAAGAAUAAGAUUUCUCAUCGCCGGAAAGCGCUAGAAGCAUUGAGAGAUUAUUUUAUGAGCAAUGCAAUUUAAUUUAUUAUUCUAUAUAUUUAUA